GCCAGGCGUUCUUUGGUCGUCAAGGCUUCCCUGGGCAAAGCGCAUGACAUUCAUUCUGCAAAUACUAGUGUUUGAGCGUCUUUCCCUCUCUUUCUCGUGGCUCGAGCUUUGCGAUCCCGGUUUUGCCCCUGAAAAUUUCAUGGUAUAAAAACGAUCGCAUCCGGCCAAGAUGUCUAGCAGAUACUCGCUGAGGCAAACGCCGAGGAAAAAGGAGCUCUUCGACGGCAUGGUCGAGACUCCGGGCCGUCGCAGCACACGUCGCAAAGCCCAGGUCCUUCCCGAGUCUGACGCCGAGUCCACCUCUGCCAUCGAAGUCAUGGAGAGCAAGCAAGUGCGCCGGCGCCCGGCGCCAAAGUUCACCGAGCACAUCGACGAGCUCACCCCCCCUGAUACCCCCAUCGACAGCGACGCGUCCGAGGUGGCAUCCGUCAAGAACUCGGCCAAGGCCAAUGGCAAGCUGAGCGACGCCGAGGAGAAGCCCAAGGUCAUCGACCACACGCUCACGCGCUUCUCGGGUGAGUACGAAUUUGGCGGGCCAUGGUUCGUCUCUCUCAUGAUAGUCGGCUUCCCGUGCCUCAUGUGGUACAUGUGGAUCGGCGCAACCUACUACGACGGCGGCUUCCCCGUGCGCGAGCCCGGCCAGAGCUGGGGUGACUUCGCCAAGCACCUCGUCCACCUCGUCUACACGGGCGCCUUCCCCCACACCAAGGCCUGGCUCAUUUACUGGAUCUUCUUCGUCGUCGAGGGCAUCUUCUACUGCCUCAUGCCGGGCAUCUGGGCCUAUGGCAAGCCGCUGCCCCACGAGGGCGGCAAGCAGCUCAAGUACUACUGCUCCGCCUACACGUCCUGGUACGCCACGCUCGCCAUCGUCGCCGCCCUGCACUUCUCGGGCGUCUUCCCGCUCUAUACCCUCAUCGACGAGUUCGGCCCGCUGCUGUCCGUCUCCAUCCUGUCCGGCUUUCUCGUCUCCAUCAUCGCAUACGUCUCGGCCCUGGCCCGCGGCGCCCAGCUCCGCAUGUCGGGCAACCACAUCUACGACUUCUUCAUGGGCGCCGAGCUGAACCCCCGCAUGUUUGGCAUCCUCGACUUCAAGAUGUUCUUCGAGGUGCGCAUGCCCUGGUACAUCCUGUUCCUCCUGUCCUGCGCCGCCGCAGCCCGCCAGUACGACCGCUACGGCUACGUCUCGGGCGAGGUCGGCUUCCUCAUGAUGGCCCACUUCCUCUACGGCAACGCGACGGCCAAGGGCGAGGAGCUCAUCGUCACCACCUGGGACAUGUACUACGAGAAGUGGGGCUUCAUGCUCAUCUUCUGGAACCUCUCGGGCGUGCCGCUGUCCUACUGCCACUGCACCAUCUACCUGGCCAACCACGCGCCCGAGACGUACCGCUGGAACCGCUGGGCGCUGGCCUUCCUCUACGUCAGCUACCUCUUCGUCUACUGGGUCUGGGACAGCUGCAACAGCCAGAAGAACCGCUUCCGCGCCAUGGAGCGCGGCACCCUCAUCAAGCGCAACACCUUCCCCCAGGUCCCCUGGCAGACCCUGCACAACCCCAAGACCAUCGAGACCGGCCUGGGCGACAAGAUCCUCGCCGACGGCUGGUACGGCAUGGCCCGCAAGGUCCACUACACCUGCGACGUCUACUUUGCCACCACCUGGGCCCUCAUCACCGGCUUCAAGAGCCCCUUCCCCUGGUUUUACCCCGUCUUCUUCGUCGUCAUGAUCGCCCACCGCGCCUGGCGCGAUAUCCACCGCUGCAGGCAGAAAUACGGCGAGGCCUGGCGGGAGUACGAGAGGCAGGUGCCGUACCUGUUCAUUCCGUAUGUCAUUUAAAAAGGAAAAAUGUUCUUUUUUCUUUUAGAUGGUGAUUGUCGGAAAAUCCUGCCUAGAUGGCAGGUGGCUUGAGAAGGCCGUUGGCCCUAUACUCCAGAAUCAACGAAGUGUGGGUUUUGGAUCUAUAUCAUAGUAGGGGAUGAAUGCACGCAUGCAUGACCGAGAUGUCCGGCGGGAGAGGAGUCUAAAAGGUGGUUUGGGGCCAAAUCUCUAGACUUAGAGACAGCAUGACGGACCAGCAAGCAGUGUAACUGGGCAGACCUAUCACGCCUGCUACUCGGACUUUUCUACCUAAUUGUCCAGUAGCCGAUUACUAAUCCUUAAGUUUAAUGGUAAUACUGGAACAUAUUUACUCGGUUUUGCCCUGACGGUGGAGCGUGUUGUGAAUGAGUGAGGUGCAUCGAGACUUGGGAGUCUGAAGCCUAGAAGUUCACUCCUCUGAUGGAAAACAUUGGUUGAUCAUUCACAAUGCCAUGUAAUCCCAACUAAGGAAAUCGCAGCAGUUCAUAACAGCCACGCUUUGUUUUGUAAAGUCGUGGAGGCACCUCAGUCUGACUAGCUAGUUUCCAAGCACCAAGGCUCAUCAUUAGCCGUGAGCUGCCCAGAAAGGAGAACCGGGUCGAGUCCAAGAAGACCAGGUUCAACAAACGCUUCAUUCGAAUAAGAGACGAGACGAGAAGAGUGAAAGAAUAAAGGACAAGGAGCCUUGAAGACGCUAUGAUGUCUCUCGAGUCCCAGAGUUUCGAAAAGAGAGCAUGAUCAAA